UACUGUAAUUUUCUUCUUAAUAAACUUUCGAAAGAAUUAUAGAUUAUAAUGUCAAAAAAAGACAUAAAAGCAGUUGAAGAAGGGGAUUGCUCAGGUUAUAAACAACAUGCUAAUGAAGAAGAUUCAAGCCUCUGCACCUCACCUGAGGUUGUCAUUAUCAUUCAAAAGGUGAUAGCGGAGGCGAUCGGCACGUAUUUUUUGAUAUUUGUAGGAUGUGGUGCAGUAGCAGUAAAUAAAACAUAUGGUUCAGUAACAUUUCCAGGAAUAUGUGUGGCAUGGGGUUUAAUUGUUAUGGUUAUGGUCUAUUCUGUUGGUCAUAUUUCUGGUGCACAUUUCAAUCCUGCAGUUACCAUUGCCUUUGCCAUCUUUAGGCAUUUCCCCUUCAAACAGGUGCCAUUGUACAUAUUGGCACAGUUGGUUGGGUCAAUUCUUGGAAGUGGAACUUUGUACCUUCUGCUGGAUUUGAAGUCUGAGGCAUUUUUUGGAACAGCUCCAGUGGGAUCAAAUGUUCAAUCUUUGGUUCUUGAAUUCAUCAUCUCUUACCUCUUAAUGUUUGUCAUUUCUGGUGUUGCCACUGACAAUAGAUCUAUUGGAGAGCUUGCAGGAAUUGCUAUUGGAAUGACAAUACUCCUAAAUGUUUUGGUUGCAGGGCCAGUAUCAGGAGCAUCAAUGAACCCAGCAAGGAGUAUUGGGCCAGCAAUUGUGAUGCAUGAGUACAAAGGGCUUUGGGUUUACAUAGUUGGCCCUAUAUUGGGUACUAUAGUUGGUGCUUUCACUUAUAACCUAAUUAGGUUUACAGAAAAACCACUCAGAGAACUCACAAAAAGUUCAACAUUUCUCAAGAGCAUGUCCAGAAGCCAUACUUAAUUUCCAUUUUUUUCUUAAUUAUUCUAUUUUUUUUCUGCCUUUGAGCCCUGUGGUUUAACAUAAAAUAGAGCCACUAGUGGCUUACUAAGAGAAAUUUAUUAGUAAAAGUAAAUAGAAUUACAGUUGUUUGAGCCUUAUUUUUAUGUAGUUGUUUUUUUCUUUUAUUAGUAAAAGUAAAUAGAGCCCUUUGAGCCUUAUUCUUAUGUAGU